CCUGCCCCUAUUCACCCUGCCCGGCUGUUGCAGCCUCACGGGGGACACGUAGUAAAUGGCGGAUUUCAGGGAAAGGGGAAAUCAACUUUUUGCCGAGAAAAGAUACUCUUUGGCAGGAACCUAUUAUGGGAAGGCAAUCGUGGCUCAUCCUAAUGUCGCAACCAACUUCACAAACAGAGCUCUGUGUUACAUAAAGCUAAACCAGUGGAACUUAGCAGUUGAGGAUUGUCAGAAAGCGAUACAGCUGGACCAAAAUCUUAUUAAGGCCCACUUCUUUUUUGGUCUGGCACUUACUGAACUUGAGAGCUUUGAUGAUGCAAUAAUGGAAUUAAUCAAAGCUAAUGACCUUGCUUGGCAGCAGCGUAGAAAUUUUGGUGAGGAUAUUGCUUCAGCUGUACGCCAUGCCAAGAAAAUGAGAUGGAGACAAAUUGAAGAGAAGAGAUUACAACAGCAAAGUGACUUGCACACUUUCUUGCUCACCCUACUACAUGAACAUAUGGAGAGACAUGUUUCACUUCAUUCUGGUGCAACUCCGAGUAGUGACUGUAAAGCUUUGAUGGAUAAAGAACAUGCAGAACGGGUAGUAGAGAUUAAUUUACUCUUCACAGAACUGGAAAAAGCAAGAGAGAAGAGGGAAGUUCCUGACUAUCUCUGUGGAAAGAUCAGUUUUGAUUUGAUGAAAGAUCCUUGUAUAACCCCAAGUGGUGUAACGUAUCCUACAUAGGAUGAUGCUAACUAUAAGAGCAAAAGUUGUUUGAAACAGCCAAUUUCUGAUAAUGUUAGCAUACCCUAGACAAAAUGUUUCAAUUAUGGAAGUAAAAAUCUUCAGGGCGCUGAGAAAUGUAUUUUUGUGCAGGUCACUUUCUUCCAAAGAUUUGUACCAUGUUAGUGCACUCUUGGGCAUAUCAUUGGUUGUGCAAUUUUAGGAGUAUGUACUGCAUGUGUGACCUUGGACCUUUGUGAAUCAUCUGACUUAACACUGAAGAAAACAUUAUAUUUUAAACACGUGUCUAUUUUCUUAAUAGAAUUUAAAGGUUUGACAGAAAGGAUAUUGAAGAUCAUCUACAGGUACGUUGUAUUUGCGAAACCCAGAAUAACAAGGAGCUUUGCACACAUUACGCAGUUCUGCUCCUUUAUCCAACAUACGACUUAUCAACAUGAUCCCCUGUCUUUGCUAAUACAUGUCACAUGGCUGUCCUGUGCAACCAUACCCCUUGUUGUCAGGAAGGAAAACCCAGGAAACACCUAUUUGUUACAAUUUACAUAGUGACUAUGAACCUUGCCUACAAUGCUUUACUGCUGGCCUGUUAGCUAAGCGACAGACUGAGACCACAUGUAAAUCUACUGUGUAGUCUAGUAGCAAUAUACUGACAUGCAUAUCAAUGUGUAUACGAGUGCUUCUCCACGGAGGGUUUUUACUGUAGUGCAUUUCAUUUUAGUAGGUACGUACAAGUGGAAGAAUCAUUUCUUUAAAAUGAAGGGAUGGCUCAAAAUACAAAAAAAAAUUUAUCAACAAGGAGUAACUAAGAUUACACCUUAUUUAUUUGUGGUAGUGUCAUGUAGUAAUUACCCUUUUGUUUAUCAUUUCUGUUUUGAGCCAUUCUAAUAACCCCAUUCAUUUGAAGAAAUGAUUGUAAGAUUGAUAGUCACUCUGUUGCGCAAUGUUGUUGACAAUGAACAAUUCAAACUUGUUGAUGCUGACUGACAAACAGUCACGUUAGAAGCUAAUGGAGUGGGAAGGCAGGGACCCUGAAACACCGUUAACCCUCGGCGCGCAUGCGCAGCGAGGGUUACGGUAGUUAGGUCUGUGUGUCUGUCUGUUACUCUUCAUCUCACUUCUCGAGUGUUCGUUCGUCUCACAAAGGAUACCACCUACUGAACGGGCAAUGAAAGAAAUUUCGAACUGUUUCUCUGAAAACGCUCCGUUGCAAAGCUAGAGUGCAAAAAAGCCAAUAUGCAAAUACACAACGGCUUACUACGGCAUGAUCGAUCCGCGUGCUCUGCGUACCUCGGAGGCACCAGAAGAUGCAACGCAGGGCGUGUAUCGCCUCUCUCAUGCUAUCUAGUAGUGUAGUUAGCCCGCGUCAGACUCUGCACGAGCUGGCAAGAUACCACGAGUAACAGCAAAAACUAAACCCAGCCCAUCAAUUAGUGCUAUGGCGCAAGCGUUUACUUACACGUGCGCGUCACAGUGCGCCAAAGGUUUGCACUUCAGUGCUUUUCAUUACUUAACGACGUUUUUGAACGCAGCGUUUAAACGAACAACUCGUGCAUAAAAGGGGGGGUGGCCGGGGCAAAACAGCAAGUAUACUAAGCAGCCUGGAAGCCUUCUAUCUCACUGGAUAUCUUUCUAGGCUCUGCUUAGCCUCAAAACUAGAUAGAAAAUGAGCAAAGAACACCAUGGACCCACCAUGUCGCGCCAAUCGCGAAAAACCGGCAAGAGAACGGUGGAUGAGUGGUGUUGAAACUGUCCUAGGAGUUUCAGCCAGCACCCAUACGUGUUGUCAACAAGCUAAGCAUAGGUCGAGCUAAAGUACGUUCACGCUGAAAAUGCACCUUGAAAAUGUAGAAUAACUUCCGAUUCCAUUACCGUAUGCAGCCACGCUUGGUGUCAAAAUGGAGCGCUUCGUUAAGCGCUUACCCCAUUCAAAUCCACUGCGUAGUUUUUUCGCUACGCAUAGUCCCAUUCAGCAUACUUUACAUACGGCAGAAUAGUACCGCCCUCCUCAUUAUCUACUUCCGCAUGCAUUCUCAACGCGGACGUACUUAUUGUCUGGUGCCCAGACCCUUCACAGAAUAUAUGCACAUGCGUAAACGCAUGAGCGAGAGAAGGAUCUGGUAAAUAACUAUGCCUCUCCACGGGCCAAGGAAUUUCAGUAACCACUUAUCUCGAGUGGUUGAGGUUACACCCACCGCACACACGUAGACUUUCUGCUUUUUAUACGGAUGGACGGUACUUGCAUAAACUGCGGAGCAAGCCUGCUUGACUCAAAGCCCGUGUCAGACUCUCCGUGAGCUACUAGCGGGAGACCACAGGUAUUACUAUUAUAGCCCAACCCAUCGAUGCGCAGUUCGCCGAAUACUGAACUGUGUUGUGCAUAUAUAUAGUGUACGCUGCUUGUUGUGCAAUGCUUUUCUAUGACAUGUGUUGUGCAAUGGUGUUGCAAAGCUAAAAAUAGUAGCAUCUGCAAUGGACAUGAUGAAUUGGUCAAAAUAGUCUACCCUUAGUUACUUUGCUAUAUGCACAAUAUACUCUCAAACUUCAUGACUAACAACUCUAUUGACUCGUGCCAAGGGUUUGCACUUUAGUGCUUUUCAUUUGCAGUGGCUUUUAUGCUUCUUGCGCAAAGUGGUGUGCACAUGCACAUGUUUUCAAGGUCUUUUUAUCUGCUUAUCUUCAUUGUGGCUUCCUUUGAGCCGCCCUUGGACUAGUCAGUACACUCAAAGACUCCACUUUACAAUAAUUAUUCUCUAGCCAGGUGCAGGUUCUGACAUUGAUAACGGCCUGGUCCCUUGCCUAAAAGCGUGG